GUAACAAGGAAGUAUGAUAAUAGUAUCAAUACUAUUACCUGAAUAUAAUUGUACCGAUUGAACACGUACAAUAUAGUACUAAACUUAACAACAAUUCACUAAUGGAUAGUUCUCACAGAUCAAUCAAGAUUUAGUAGGCGUGCAUAUAUAUAUUAUGGUAAAAUUUGACUGUUGUACUUAUGUCGAUUUAUAAUUGUAUUGUACGCUCUGUCAAACACAUGUAUAUAUCGUCUGAAAAUGUCACAUAUAGAUAGAGGUGAUACUACGUGUUGGUGCUGUCCAAACUGUGUUGGAUUGAGGAGAAUAUUUGCUAGAUUCUUUGUGGAUGUAAGCAUAUGGAUAAUCGUUGGUGUACCAGUAUUGUAUUUGUAUAAAAACAGUGUACCAUACAGACGAGGGUUUUUCUGUAAUGAUGACAGUUUACGUUACCCAUACAAAGAAAACACCAUAUCUGACGAUUUACUGCUGCUCAUUGGUUUCGCUUUACCAUUUGUUGUUUUUAUACUUAAUGAAUCUGAGAGAUACCGGGUAACUAGAAAGACAGACCACGUGAACAAAUACCUGGUUGUUUUUCUGAAGAUCUCGUGUGCCUAUGCAUUUGGGUUUACCAUUAUAGAACUGAUAAUUCAGGGAGCUAAACCAGCCAUUGGACGCUUACGACCACAUUUCUUCGAUGUUUGUAAGCCUGAUUUUUCAAAGAUUGAUUGCACUAAAGGGUAUAUAACAGAUUAUAACUGUACAAAUGCUAAUAUAAGUGAUAAACUGGACAGAGAGAGCAGAUUGUCCUUCCCAUCUGGACACGCUGGAUUUGCAAUGUACAGUGCUAUUUUCACGGCGUUAUAUAUGGAAAAACAGGUAACCCUUCGAUGUUCUGCUGUUGCAAAAUGUUUCACUCAGACAGCGAUGGUUUUAUUGGCUUUAAUGUGUGCUGUUACACGCCUGUAUGACAACCGACAUCACGUGUCAGAUAUUGUAGCUGGUUGCGUUUUAGGCGCCGUUAUUGGAUUUUAUAUGUUUAAGGUCCUUGGAGAAAAAGCUUUACGUUCACGUACACUUCAUUUAAAAAUACCAUUUUUAAUGCGAAAGCAACACCAUCGAAAAGGAGAGAUUUCUACGCCGACGCCACUGUUGAGUCAAACAUGUUCGUCGUCAUCAACGACAGAGAUGAACCAUUACUUCAUUGGUCGUGAUGGAAAGGAAUCUAAUUUAAGUAAUGUCUGAUUAAAGUAGUGUGAUAUAGCGUGUUCAUAGUCAUGUGACGUUUAGACAAAAAUCAUAUAUUUGGAUUGACCUCGUCGAUGGAGACACUAUUGUUAUUCAAGAAAAGAUCGAAAUCAGAAAACAAUUCUCCAGUACAGGAAUUUCUUUCUGGGACUACAUUUUGCCUUAUGAAAUGUGCUGUUUUCAAAAUACAACACAACAAAGACAACCACAUGUCACCGAUGACAUGUUUCUUUGUGAUUAGAAACUUAAAGGACGAAAGAAGAAUACUUCUUAAAGAAUGCAGUAAAAGUUACACAUAUGAACUAGAAGAGCAAAUAGCAUAAGUGGAACACAUAUGAAUUUACAACAAUUUCCCAUAACUCAAACGAAGACA